AUGUCAAAUCUACGUCAUUUAAUGAAUUAUGAUGAUGAUACAACUACCUCUAAUAAUAAUAUUCAUCAAUCUCAAUCACAUCUUAAAUCAAAUCAUAUAAGUAUAAAUAAUUUAAUAAAUUCAUCAAAUAAUAAUAAUGAUUCAUAUUCUAAUACAUUAUCAUAUAAUAAUAAUCAAAUACUAAAUAAUAAUAACAAUAAUAAUAAUAAUCAUCAGCCCAAAACAGAGCUACCAAAUCAUCACCAAAAUAAUCUAUCAUAUAACCAUCAAGAAUAUCAAAAUCAAGAUACAACACAAGAAGAACAAGAACAGGAGGAAGAACCAGAACAGUCGGAAUCAACUUCAACCAAUGAAAACAUUUCAACAACAAUAACACAAGAUCAAUUGUUAACAUCAUUUGAAAAAAUUAAAACACAUUUCCCAGCAGCAAGAAUUAAAAAAAUAAUGCAAAGUGAUGAAGAAAUUGGUAAAGUUGCACAAGCUACUCCAGUAGUUGUAGGGAGAGCAUUAGAAAUUUUUAUGGCAAAUUUAGUUGAAUCUUCCAUUUUACAAGCUAAAAAACAAGGUGUUAAAAGGAUCACUGCUUCUCAUAUAAAACUAGCUAUUGAAAAAAAUGAACAAUUUGAUUUUUUAGUUGAAAUUGUUGAUAAAUAUCCAUCAAUGAAUAAUUAA